AUGAGAGAUCUCUGCUUUCGAUGCUUCGGGAUAGACUUCGAAAUUGAUUGGGGUACCUCCGACGAUGCCGACACGUUUGUUUCUGCUCACGUCUUUUACAAGAAAUACCCUUCUCUCUGUGAUGAAAACCAUCCAGAAUUGUCUGACAACACUGACGGCCUUUCUACUAGGAACAGAGAGUACACAAUCGAGGACAUCGAAGAGUAUCCACCAUCACCACCCAUCGAUCUCCCAUUAACACAGGUACCUGAAAAACACGAUACUGUCAAAGAAUCGGGAAGUGUGGACAGUGACGAUGACUGCAUACAGGAUGAGGCAGUACUGAACUGUUACUUCCAUGUUGUGCAUGCAUUUGCCAACAAGCGAAGUUACGUAGCAAAGAUGAAUGAUAAAUCAUUCGCAGCACCGAAGGGUACAGCUUACAGACACGUAAGCAAUAUCGCGAGUACCAAGACCAUCGAACAACGUCGGGCUGUCACUGCCCUUUAUCUACAAGACUGGAGAGAGAACCGUGGAGAGAAGAAAGCCGCAGAUCAUCUCGAACAAGAGUAUUGCUUGUACCCGAAGUACAAUUGGAACUACGCCUGCACUGGAGAGAUAGGUGUCUAUCCCUCCAACUGUCCAAAUGAAAGCUUUAACCGACAUGGUAUUAAGAGCAUUGCUGCGGAUUGUUCGAAGAACGCUUCUCUUUCCGCGUUUCUUGUCCACACUGCACCACGAUUGCUCGAGGAGGACGCCAACACUAGAAGUGAUCCAUGUACUAUUGAAAUUCCACGAACGGCAUCUAUGUUUGCUGUAGCCGCUACUGGUUUUCUGAAAGAAGGAGUGGACAUUGUGCAACUUGGAGUGGAUGAGUAUGGCCGACCUUCCAGUUGGUUGUGCAACUUAAAACACAAGGUGGGCGUUCCAAUUGACAAACGUCGAAUUAGGAUGAUCAAUGCCGCAUUGGAUGGAGAUGAACGACCUUUCAAGACUGAGUUGGCGGCAAUUGGUCUGGAUUUACCAGACUGUGUAGCCAACGCAAUGGUUCGAAUGACUAACACGGUGUGUCACUUACAAUGGAAGCAAGGAAACAUUGUUGGAGAUUGCGAGAACUGUGUCAAACAUUUGGGUUAUAGCUGUCCCGGUGCUAUCUGGCUAAGGAGCAGGCACAAUUUGCUGAACUGUUCCCUCUUGACGCUACGCAAGACAAGUGCCAAUGCAAGAGGAGAUGCUGCCAAGGCUUGUGGUAGGGGCAACACGAAGCGAAUGUACGAAGGUGGACUUCCGAAAACGUCCAAGAGACGGUGUCUUUCGAAGAUGCUGGAAUCGUUCGAUGCCUAUCUCGGUACUUUGAACCAUCAGCAAAUGACCAAGCUAGUUGUCUACUUUCGUUUGUUUCACAAUAAUAACAAUGGAAUGGAUCCAAUGAAGGGAAUGACGACACAGUGCCUAUUGGACACGAUGAGAUUAUGCCAUAGGAGCCAUAGUAUGGGUGCGGCGCAGCUGUGCUGGCUCAGUCUGGUGGAAAGAUCGCUGCUGCAUCUGUACACUCUUUCAGUACAAUGA